UUCUCUGCCAAAAAAAAAAACAAUCCAUAAAUAAUCUUUCGUAUUUUACUGUGCAUAUAAAUAGUUGCUUAAUUUAUCAUCAUUAUCGUUAUCGUAAUCAUUAUCAUCUCUCACUUUAUGAGAAAAUUAUCAUUUUUAUCAACAACGAGUGCUAAUCAUUCCAACACGUUGUUUUUCUUCCCCAAAUGGACUCGUAGUGUGGUGAUAUCAGCAACCAGUAGUAAUGUACCACGAUUACAACGAUCCAAAAAGAUCGUCGUAAUAAUGGGUGCUACUGGUUGUGGAAAAUCAAAACUCUCUAUCGACCUCGCUACUCAUUUCUUCCCAUCUAUCGAAGUCAUUAACUCCGAUAAAAUCCAAGUUUACAAUGGUUUAGACAUUACAACAAACAAAAUUUCAAUGACUGAACGUUGCGGUAUCGUUCAUCAUCUUCUCGGAGAGUUCAAAUCUACUGAAUCACAGCCGGAGUUUACCCCUUCCGAUUUCCGAUCAGCUGGAGAUUUCAGAAUCAACGAAAUCGUUAAUCGAGGGAAAAUCCCUUUUAUUGUAGGUGGGUCAAACUCAUUCAUCUAUGCUCUGUUAGUAAAACGAUUCGAUUCACGAUUCGACAUUUUCGAAUCGUUAAAUCCGGUGAGUAAGGAGCUUCGUUACCAAUGUUGCUUCAUCUGGGUUGAUGCUGUUGCACCUGUAUUGAAUCAGUAUUUAGAUAAACGAGUUGAUGAAAUGCUUGAUUCGGAGUUGUUUGAAGAGCUAAAAGAGUAUUUCGAGAAAGAGGGGUUUUCCGAUUCCGGUUCCGAUGGGAUCCGGAAGGCUAUAGGAGUACCGGAGUUCGAGAAAUACUUUAAAGGGAAGAUAUCGUACGAAGAAGCAGCCAUGGAGAUAAAGGAGAACACAAGGGUAUUAGCAGAAAGACAGGUGAAGAAGAUAAUGCGGUUGAGAGAAGGUGGAUGGAACAUACAAAGAGUGGAUGCAACAGAGACGUUAACGGCGAAAAUGGUGUCGGAAAAAAUGGCCGGCGGCGAGAAUCCGGCGAGGAAAAUAUGGGAAGAAGAGGUACUGAAACCAAGUGCCAAGAUUGUGAAGCAGUUCUUGUUGGAGUAGGUCAUUUUCCAGCUAUUUCCAGCUCUCAAUUUUUAAUUAUUUUUUUUUAAUUUCAUCUUAAUUUAAUUUUUUCUUUUUUGAAAAAAAAAAUAUAGGGGGUAAAUUGAGUAAGAGGGCUGAACCAAUAUUAAAGUCAAACUCGUGAUACUAUGAUUCGAAUUAUUACAAUUAGUUGAUUCAGCGAAAUAUUUAUUGACUAUUACUUUUGAGGUUCGCUCCGAGCAAAGUAGAAUAGAUGUGAUGUUGAUAAAUGAGGUACAAAAUAGUGUUU